GACGACAAUUUUUUUCUUUUCUUUUUUCAGCUUUCGUGCGAAACUUCGGAGGAAAAAAUUAAGAUCGAUGGUGGCGGCUUGCUUGGAUAAUUGCGAGCGUCGUGGACUAACAUAUGGGAAGAAAUACUAUAAAAUUUCUAGAGAUAUGGGAGCUAUAUGGAGGUGUUUGAGUUUGACUAGGAUCUCUCUCCAGAGAGAUAGGGCUUUUACGAAUUUCAACGCAGUGACGUUUUUUGGAAAUCUGGGCCAGGUAGAGCUUCUUCCAGUGAUCUCUGCGCUUCUUUCUCCUUGAUCUAGGAAAUUUGGAGAAUUUCUGUGAGAAUACAGCUCCCGAUCGUCGAUCGGGGAUGGCUGCCACCGCGGAUGAUGGCGCCGAUGAUCGCCGCCACGAAAUGGAGGCCGCGAGAGUCUCCAAUUCCUCGUCCCUCCGCGAGCUCGUCGUCGAUGAGGAGCUGCCAAGGGCUGUGAGCCUCAGCAUUGCGAGAUCGAGCUCGCUCAAGAGCGAUCUGGAGCAGUACCACGCUGCGACGGAUCCAUAUGACCUGGUGAUAAGAUUCAAGGGUGUCACUGUGACCGUGAACAGUCCUCAGCAGCAAGCGCAGAGCUAUGAAACGUUUGGAAGGAAGAUUGUGGGCUGCUUUCUCGGUCCUCUAAAGCUUCUCGCGAAGAAAAGAGAUCAACCGAGCAGUGUCAAGGUACUUGACGACGUGAGUGGCUACGUUAUGCCUGGCUCCAUGACUCUAGUGAUCGGUCCGGCAGGAAGUGGAAAGACUGCUCUUUUGAAGGUCCUUGCCGGACACUUUCAUCCCAGCAAGCUCGUAAAGUUUGAAGGCCAGGUCUUAUACAACGACUCCGUAUUGACGCCAGAUCUCGAGACCAAGCGUCCGAUUGCUUAUGCUACAGGCCUUCACAACGUCCACUUGCCGGUGCUUACCAUUCGAGAAACUCUCGAGUUUGCCGAGAAAUGCACGCGACGGCUUCGACCGCAGGAACUCACGGCCCAAAUGAUCAGGUGCUUUGCUCCGGACUUGGCAGACAGCGACAAUCCAUUCCUGGAAUAUGUUCUACAGACUUUCGGCUUAAAGCAAAUCGAGCAUUUGGUGGUCGGGCCUCUCCUGAAGGAAUCAGCGAAAGCCAGGCUUACGACAGCAGAGAUCGCGAUGCGGACUUUUUCAGUCUUUCUAUACGAUCAGCCAGCAACGGCAGAGGACUCGUUACGCCUUUAUGACAGGCUUCAUAAUCUCUUAGACACAGUGAUUCGUGUUCAAGAAUGCGCUCUAGUAACUUGCAUGGCUCAGGUAGCUCCGGAAGUUUUCGAGCUUUUUGACAGGAUCAUUAUCUUGUCCGAGGGCCAGAUGAUCUACCAAGGUCCUCGACACAGUGUGGAAAACUACUUCUUCAAGCUUGGAUAUAAAAAACCUAGCUAUGUCGAUCCUGCUGUGUUCCUUCAAGAUAUUUCUGCGGGGUCUGGAGCUGGAUACCUGAUGCCUGGUUUUACAAAACUGGGAAUUCCGGAGCUUGUUGUAUCUUAUAAAGCAUCCGACCAUUUCAAAGACGUCACGCGUAUCGUUUCCAGCAAAGACGUGACUCACACUUACAUGGCCGAGACUAUCUCCGAUAUUGAGAUCUCCAUCCAGCAUGACACUCUGAAUGGCCCGGGUGUUUACGUGACAAAUGUCUCCGAGGCCGGAGAGAUCAUAACCAAUGGAGCGGUUCGAGUGGGAGACGAAAUCACUGCUGUUGUGCUGCCUGACGGUAGUACUCACUACGUUAGAGGUGGCUCUCCAGCCGAACAGGCGGCUCAAGCUUGUAAAGUUGCCGACUUGCUAAACUCGAGAGAAGGAUCACUUCACGUGCAACUGGAGCGUAAAAUGCAAGAGAAAGAAACCGGUGCGUGCUACAAAAAGCGGUUUGGAUUUGUCAACGUGAAGGACUGGCUAUGGUCUACGCAAUGCCUUGUGAAGCGUCAAUUUACAUUUGCGAUUCGUUUCAAAAUCCUGAUCAUACUUCGGCUGUUCCAGAUUACUGUUCUUGGACUCUUUGCUGGUUCUUUCUUCUACAAGAAAGGCGGCAAGAUCGAUCAAUAUGAGAUGAUUGCGCUACGAACCCUUGGCUUCGUCUCGAUGAUGGUCUUGAUGCUUAUAAACCUCACACAACUCCCAAUCCACCUCUUGAUUCAUCGGCCGGUUUUCCAAAAGCACCGCGAGCUGCAUUUCUUCCCAGUUUCUUCAUACGUCGUGGCUCAAGGCCUCGUGAGUCUCCCGCAAUCACUUCUCGAGGCAAUAAUCUAUAGCAUGUGUACGUACUUCCUCGCGGGCCUCUCACUGGAAAAUGCUGCGCACUACUUCCAGUAUUUGGCGCUGAUCUUUGUGAUAGGAUACAUGGGAUCGUCGUUCGUGUUUCUCGUCGGCGGAUUCGCUCCGCUGCUGGAGAAUGCCGCAGCUUUGGCAGGACUUUUCAUCCUCGUGUGUCUUCUCUUCUCUGGCGUGAUUUUGCUACCCAGUGUGACACCCGCUUACUGGAAAUGGAUGCUCUACAUCGUUCCAACGCGCUGGGGCAACAUCAUCUACUCCUCGACUCAGAUGAAGACCCGGUACGACCAGCCAUGCACGAGCCAUCUCAACUUCCAGUUCUGUUUGGUAAACCCAAGGCUCACGCUCGGCCGGGCCUUUAUCAAGUUCUAUGACUUGGAAGCCUCCGGGGGAAGGCUGGUGCUCGCGUACGCAGCAAUCGUCAUCUUCAUCCUCGCUCUCAACUUCCUCGCAUACCUGGCGUACAAAAAGUCCCGCUUGCCGGAGCUGGCGCCAUCUCCUGUCAGGAAAGGUCAGCUUCAUCCAGUUGCCGACGAAGAAGCUGUAAAACCAGAUCCGGAGGAGCUGAGCAGAGUAGAGGACGGUAGCCUCCGCGACGGUCCCGGUCAAGAAGAAGCAGCCAAGUGGAUGGAACUCCAUCUUCCUGUGAGGCCUCUAGUUCUCACGUUCUUCGACAUCACUCUUCCGACAGGGCACCUGAGCCUGAUCUCCGGCUAUGUCAAGCCAGGCCAGAUGCUAGCUCUCGUCGGAAGCACUCGCGCAGGAAAGUCGACACUCCUCAAGUGCCUGGCCGGCAGGAUGCCCUCGGAAGGCGAGGUACUCGUCAAUGGUGUCCGGCUGAAGAAGACGUGCUUCCACCGCAUCUCUGGCUUUGCCGAGAACGUCGAGAUGCACCAGCCGUAUCUCACAGUCCGAGAGUCUCUCGAGUUCAGCGCCAACCUCCGGCUCAGGCGUCACAUAAGCUCCGCCGACAAGGCUCGUCACGUCGAUCUCAUACUCGAGCUCACAGGCCUCUCCCACGUAAGCAACAAGCUAGUCGGGGUGUUCCAGCAGAUGAACAAGCGACCGCGGGAGAUCACCAAGAAGCUCACCAUAGCCAUCGAGCUGGCAGCAAAUCCCAGCAUCCUGUUUCUCGACGAUCCAACUUCGCAGCUGGACGGAGCCAGCGCGAGAAACGUUCUGCACCUCUUGCAAACGGUGGCCAUGAACGGACGCACGCUGCUCGUCACCUUGCACCAUCCCAGCGCCGAGACACUAGGCCUCUUCCACAGCGUGCUGGUCUUGCGGGAGGGGAAGCAAGUCUACUUCGGACCACCCGGUACCAACGGCAGCCAGCUCCUCGACUAUUUCACGGCCAUUCCAGGCGUGCCACCUUACGACCCGCGGCGGAGCCCGAUGGUGUUCCUGCUGGACAUCCUGGGUGGCGGAACCACGAAGCGGGAGCCCGCGGCGGACUUCGUCUCCGCAUAUCAUAACAGCCCACUGCAGCUCGCAAACGCGGCCGAGCUCCAGUCCCUGCGUGACCAGAAAGACGACGGCCUCCACCAUCUCAACUCCCGCUACAUCGCCCCCUACAAGACGCAGUUCGCUAUGGUGUUCCUCCGCAACGCCAGGUUCCUGUGGCGCAACGUCCGCUACACUUUCAACCGGCUCACGGGCAUUGUCAUCAUCGCGCUCGUCAUCGGCACACUCUUCCUCAACAUCGACGUCGAGCGGUCCACCUCCAUGCAGUCGGCGUCGCUCAUCAUGUACAUCGAGGCCAUCCUCAUCUGCGCCACCACCGCCAACAAUCUCAUCCCGCAGCUCGGCACCGACAGGCAGGUCUACGUCCGCGAGAGCCGAGCUCGCAUGUACACCUCGCUGCUCUACCCGCUGUCCUGGCUCGUCUCGGAGAUCCCAUACAUCCUCCUGGGAACGUUCGUCUUCGUCGGGAUAGCAAACGGGAUGGCCGGCGUCGGAGUCGACACCUUCACGAUGUUCCUCAAGUACUGGACGUGCCUCUUCCUCUUCACCAUGGUGGUGGUGUGCUACGGCGUCUUCCUGGCCUGCGCAGCUCCGAUCCCGACCAUAGCCGUCACCUUCUCCUCCAUCAUCAUGUCCAUGUGGAUCUCCUCGUCCGGCGUCUCGGUUCCCAGGAACAGGAUCCGCUUCUACAAGUGGCUCUACUGGAUGAACCCGUUCCAGUACACGAUCAACAUCCUCACCCCGACCUCCUUCUACUGCGACACUGGGACCCCGGCCUGCUUGAGCUGCGUCAUCCGCCAGCCGUGCCCCGGCUGCCACUGCAAGAGGCUUCACGACGUCGAGCAGCUCCUGACCCGGACCAACACCACCCGGCCUGCGUUCGUGUGGGAUAGACUGCUGGCUACCAGACCCAUCGAGAUGAGCCGCAACCACUGGGACUAUCUGGCGCUGUGUGGGAUGGCGCUCUUCUUCGCGGCGCUGGCGGUCACGUCUUUCAAGUUUCUCAAACACAACAGAGCUUGAGGUUCUCGCUUCCUUCAGCGUUAUGCUUUUCCAAGAUGAUUUCCACCAGGAGAAUGUAACUUAGUGGCCUUUGCUGGGACUAAAGGCGCCAGCGACGAACAGCAAGUUCCUCCUAGAAAACUACAGUGGAAAAUAACGGUGUAAAUCAGCGUGUAACUACAAAGAAAAAGCGUGUUGUUACUCA